UCAUUCAUACGAAACAAUCGUCUAGGGGAGGACAAAACCAUUCAUCACAGAUAAAAAAAAACAAAAAAACAAAAAACAAAAAAAAAAUAGUAUAAGAAAAUGGAAAAAAAAACAACACUUAUCUCUGCUGUUUCUCUGAUUCUCGUAGUGGGCGUUGCCGUGGGCGUUGUUGCUAUGGUCUCCACCGGCGGCGGCGACGACAACGUCCCGAACCAAACUAAUGAAAACAAAGACGGUCAAUUGAACACCCACGCCAAAGCCGUGCAAGUCGCUUGCCAAGACUCCGAUGACAAUAAGUUUUGCGUGGACACCCUCAGCUCUGUGAACACCUCAGACCCAGCGGAUUACAUAAAAACGGUGGUGAAAAACUCCAUGGACGACGUCAUCAAAGCCUUCAACUUAAGCGACACUAUCGUCCUGGAAAAUGGCAAGCAGAACUCUAGCUUGAAGAUGGCCAUCGAAGACUGCAAAGACUUGUUGUUCUUCGCCAUCGACGAAUUAGAAGCCUCGAAGAUUUUCGUCAGAGACAACAACAUUAACAACAUCCACGACCGCGUUGCGGACCUCAAAAACUGGUUGGGCGCGGUCGUAGCGUACCAGCAAUCGUGCCUUGACGGUUUCGACUCGGACGCUGAAAAAGAGGUGCAGGCGAGGUUGCAGACCGGGGGUUUAGACAACCUCGGAAAGUUAUCGGCGUUAGCACUUGACAUUGUCGCAGGUUUGGCGCAGAUACUCAACGCGUUAAACUUGAACCUAAGCACAAAACCUACUUCGUCUUCUCGGCGACUUCUUGACGUGGAACCAGAUGGAUUCCCGUCGUGGAUGUCCGUCGCGGAUCGCAAGCUUUUGGCGGGAAAUUCUGUUGCACCCAAUGCGGUUGUUGCAAAGGAUGGGAGUGGACAAUAUAAGACUAUUUUGGAUGCUAUUAACUCCUACCCUAAGAACCAUCAAGGUAGAUACGUUAUUUAUGUUAAGGCUGGUGUUUAUGAUGAGUACAUCACGGUUGACAAAAAGAAGCCCAAUCUGUUGAUCUAUGGUGAUGGCCCCACUAAGACCAUUGUCACCGGUAGCAAAAACUUCAAGGAUGGCUGGAAGACAAUUAGAACUGCUACAUUCUCGACGGUUGCAGAAGAUUUUAUUGCAAAGUCGAUGGCAUUUGAGAACACCGCCGGGGCGAGCAAACACCAAGCAGUGGCGCUUCGCGUGCAAGGUGAUCGUUCCGCCUUCUUCGACUGCGCCAUGCACGGAUUCCAGGACACUCUAUACGCCCACGCGCACCGUCAGUUCUACCGCAACUGCGAAAUCUCGGGUACAGUGGACUUCAUCUUCGGCUACGGCACCACCCUGAUCCAAAGUUCCAAGAUCAUAGUGCGCAAGCCAGACCCGAAUCAACAAAACAUAGUUGUCGCCGACGGCACGGACCAGAAGAACAUGCCCACGGGAGUGGUGCUUCAGAACUGCCAGAUCCUGCCGGAGGCGGCGCUGGAGCCCACCAAGUUGACGGUGAAGUCGUACUUGGCGAGGCCCUGGAAGGCGUAUUCGAGGGCCAUCUUCAUGGAAAACACUAUCGGUGAUUUGAUUCAGCCAGAUGGGUUUCUACCCUGGUCAGGGAACCAGUUUCUUGACACGUGUUUCUUCGCUGAGUAUGCCAACACUGGCGCCGGCGCCGAUGUUAAAACUAGGGUUAAGUGGAGCCGCGGUGUCCUAACCAAGGGUGAUGCUGCCAAAUACACUGCUGAUCAAUGGCUCCAAGCCAACUCAUGGUUACCCGCCACUGGUAUACCCUUCGAUCUUGGCUUGACUAAGUAAGGCUUCAAUUCAACACACGUCCGUGCAUGCAUGCAUCCUUCUGUUAUAUCAUUGUGUUUUGGCUGGCCUCUGAGAAAAACAACGACGACUAACGGCUUAGUAUAUAUAUCCCAAGUUAAUUAGGUCAAACUCAAAAGCUUAUUAAUUUAGAUGAGUUGAACCACAAUGUGUUGUGAAUAGACAUUCGUAGAUCAUCAUUAGAGAUUCAAAGAGUGUGAAUAUAUGUAUGGUACAGAUUACUAAGGUACCACCGUCGUAUAUAUAUAUAUGUUUGUAUAUAUGGAUGAAGGGCGUGAGAGAUUUACAUUGUGUGUGAAACCGAGCGAGACCCUAUGUAUAUAUAGUUUGUAUAUUGUCUCUUUAACUUGUCAGUUUAUUCAGGCUUGUUUUAAUCUUUC